CUCGCUGGCUAGCAACUUUGGUGAGUUUCAAGCCGCCGCUUCGGCGGCAGCAGCAGCAGCCCCGGCCGCAGGAAACGUCUCGACCGGCUCCGGUUGGUUCUCCCGGGCUCUCUUCAUUGCUCGGCUGAAGGUAAUGAGAGGCCCUGAGAUCCCAGAGGUACCAUUGGAGAAGUCUGGAAUGUGUUGAGGACUCUGCUUCCUGCAAACACAGGGAAACGGAACCAGAGGGCAACCCACCUGGAAAGCCGCUGAGCUGUGUGCACCAGACCCAUCACUCAAGCUUGGCAUUUUCCCAUCAACUAGCUCCACGACAAAAUAAGCCGCCUUGAAAUUUCCAAACAGAAAGCUCUGGAGAUGUCUGGCAAGCCCUGGGCAUAACUUUCUGCUGCUGCAGACCUGGAAUCCACAGAAGCGAUCUCGAGGAGGAUGACCCAGCAGAUCGGCAAGUGGCCAAGAGGAGCUCCCCACUGCCUUCUUCUCCUCUUAGCACGCGUGACAGUGUGGUAUGCCCCCUGACCUCUCUUCCUUCCUCCUCUGGAACUAAGCCAUGACUGGACAUGACAAUAAGGAACUCGUCCUUGCCUGAACCUUUCUCCAGGAUCCCACCAGGAAUGGAGCCCAAGCCCUCCCUCGCACCCUCAGCAUGAAAGAAUGGAGUCCUAACUAACCACCGGACCACCAGGGAAUUCCCAUCUGUGAGGUAUAGUUCGGGCCAAGGCAGAAAAGGAGACGACCUCAACGGAGAUGCCACCGGAAAUGGCCUCCUCUCCCCAGCCGCUGGCUCACAAACAGAGCAGCCCCCAGAGGUGAAUUUAUCUGCCUUGCAGCCCAGGCUCUGGGCUCUCCAACCUGACACUUCAACCUCCAGCCGAAAAAGGAGUCUCUCUAGGGAAAAGAUCUAGGACCAACUGAGAAGCACAUUUCUAAAUCACCAGAUACUUUAAUCACCUUCCGCAGACCCGCUGAGUGAAAGGAAGGAGCUAGGCGGCACUGGCGUCAUGGUCCACCUACUGGCCUCCGAAGUGCGGCAGCUGCUCCACAACAAGUUCGUGGUGGUCCUGGGGGACUCGGUCCAGAGGGCUGUGUACAAGGAUCUGGUGCUUCUGCUGCAGAAGGACUGCCUGCUCACACCCAGCCAGCUCAAGGCCAAGGGGGAGCACACUUUCGAGCAGGAUAAGCUGGUGCGCGGGGGCCAGCUGGGCCGCAUGCACAACGGCACCCACUACCGCGAGGUGCGCCAGUUCUGCUCGGGCCAGCACCUGGUGCGCUUCUAUUUCCUGACGCGCGUGUACAACGACUACCUGGAGGACGUCCUGGAGGAGCUGCAGGCUGGCGAGCAUCACCCGGACCUGGUCAUCAUGAACUCGUGCCUCUGGGACAUCACCAGGUACGAGAAGGACUUCUGGCCUAGUUACCGGCGGAACCUGGAGAGGCUCUUCGGGCACCUCCGCCAGGUGUUGUCGGAGUCGUGCCUCCUGGUGUGGAACACGGCCAUGCCCGUGGGCGACAGAAUCACCAACCGCUUCGUCCCGCCCGAGAUCCGGUUAGCGUCCUCCUCCGUGAAAAGCCGGGUGAUCGAAGCCAACUUCUACAGCUCUGCCGAGGCCCAAAAGCACGGCUUCGAUGUGCUGGACUUGCACUUCCACUUCCGCCGCCACACGGGGAAGUUCCUGCAGACGGACGGAGUGCACUGGAACGAGCGCGCACACCGCCACCUCUCCCAGCUCCUGCUGGCCCACGUGGCCGACGCCUGGGGGGUAGAGCUGCCCCAGCGAGACCCAGUGGGCAAGUGGAUCACGGAUGGCCCUGGGAGAGGAAGACCUGACCGGAGGCUUGAGAGGCAGCCCCUGGUCUACGGAGAUCAGCCGGCCUGCCCUCCGCCCAGACCUUUGCCUCUCCCGGGGCGCCAACCCCUGCUCCCCACGCCGUCUCCCCGCCCACCCCUGUUUCCACUGCUGUCCCCACAACCUCAUCCCAGACCCUUUCACCAGGUGAUGCCCCCAUUCCCAUUCUGCCCCCAGGAUACCGGUUUUUCUUCAGACCAUACUUUCCAAUCGGAUCAAUCCUCCUUCAACUAUUUAUAUUCAGAUGUCCCCCCAUCCACCCAAACAGAAUUUGCUGCCCAAGGUGACUUUCGGUAUGGUCCCCAGCCGCCUAUGCCCCGCUUCCCUCCACCCUGUUAUGAGCAACGGGUCCCUGAGGUCCAUAGGGGUUUUCCCAGGUAUCAUCCCCCUGACCCCUACAUGCCCUGGAGAAGGCGGCCUAAAACUUCCAAGAGAAGGGCCUCAGCCUAUAAAGAGCCAAGACCUCAAUAGACUGACUUGGGCCUUCUUCCUCUCGCACAUGGACUGAACAUGGUCUGCCUCUUCCCAAAUAGACUGACCUCCUUCACUGAAGCCUUUUGUCCACUGCUGUUAUCAAUGAUGGCAGGGAAGAUCAGUCUGACACAUAUAUGUUGUCCAUGGCCUCUUUCUGCACUCCCAGAUGCCUGGGAGGUGGCCAGGCGUCAUUCCUGCCUUCCUGCUCCUUAUUCUUUGUCUAUUUGUAAAUAUACAAUUGAAAUUAAAAAGUUGUUUCAUAAAAGUCA